AUGAGGGUCUUGGCCUGCCUCCUUGCAAUACUGGUGGGGAUCCAGGCUAUAGAACGACUCCGCCUGGCUGAUGGCCCUCAUGGCUGUGCAGGACGCCUGGAGGUCUGGUACAGCGGGCGCUGGGGCACCGUGUGUGAUGACGGAUGGGACCUCAGGGAUGCCGCAGUGGCCUGCCGUGUGUUGGGCUGCGGAGGGGCACUGGCCGCCCCUGGCGGCGCCUUCUUCGGGGAAGGUGCUGGGCCAGUGUGGCUCAGUGAGCUGGCCUGCCGGGGCCAUGAGGGACAGCUGGGUAUCUGUCCCCACCGAGGCUGGAAGGCCCAUAUUUGCUCUCACGAGGAGGAUGCAGGUGUCGUUUGUGUAGGUCAGCGUGCAGCUAACUCUAGAGAGGAUUCAACGUCCCUGCUGGAUGGGGAUCCAUGGCUGGCACUGUCUGGGGAGCUGAGCCCCAGCUCUGAGGAGCCCCCCAUUACCCAUGCUCCCCAGCCCGCAGCAAGCUCCCAGAACGGCCCCCGCAAGAAGAACCCCCGGCCACCCAAGCAGGCCAAGUCCACCCGGGCCCCUAUACUGACAAAUGGAGCUCCCCGCCAAGAGCGGCUGCGUCUGGUCUCAGGCCCUCAUGGAUGUGCCGGCCGCCUGGAAGUCUGGCACGGUGGACGUUGGGGUUCCGUGUGUGAUGAUGGAUGGGAUCUCCGAGAUGCGGCAGUGGCCUGCCGGGAGCUGGGCUGUGGGGGGGCUCUGGCCGCCCCUGGGGGUGCCAGAUUCGGACCUGGCGAGGGACCCGUGUGGAUGGACGACGUGGGGUGUGGAGGAGGAGAGCAGGCCCUCCGGGACUGUCCCAGAAGCCCCUGGGGCCGCAGCAACUGUGACCACACUGAGGAUGCAGGGCUGGUUUGCACUGGUCCUGCACCCAGGCUGCGCCUUGCCGAUGGCCCCCACGGCUGUGCUGGCCGCCUGGAGGUUUGGCACGGUGGACGCUGGGGGUCGGUGUGUGACGACGCGUGGGAUCUUCGUGAUGCUGCUGUGGCCUGCAGGGAGCUGGGCUGCGGGGGAGCGCUGGCCGCCCCAGGGGGUGCAUUCUUUGGGGAGGGGGUUGGACCCAUCGUCCUGGAUGAUCUCAGAUGUCGGGGAAAUGAGACAGCCUUGCGAUUCUGCCCUGCGAGGCCCUGGGGCCAGCAUGACUGUCACCAUCGGGAGGAUGCUGGGGCCGUGUGUGAUGGCAUGCCUCUCGGUGAUGUGCAGCCCACAGCCCCCGCAGUGGAGAGCAACAGCUCAGCAUCCAGGCUUCUCUCUACCUCAGUGGGUCAAACCCCAGGCCCAGCAGCCAGUUGGCCUCCUCCGGUUUCUGCUACUGCCCCUCCAGAGCCCGGGCCCGAAGCUGGGUCUCCCCAGUUGCGCCUGGUGGCUGGACCCAGCAGGUGCUCUGGCCGGCUGGAGGUAUGGCAUGAUGGACGCUGGGGGACAGUUUGCGAUGACAGCUGGGACAUGAGAGACUCAGCUGUGGUCUGCCGGGAGCUGGGCUGUGGGGGGCCUCGGCAACCAGACCCCGCGGCAGGCCGCUUUGGCUGGGGCGCAGGCCCCAUCUGGCUGGAUGAUGUAGGUUGUGUGGGGACAGAGGCGUCCCUGACAGAAUGCCCUGCUGCUUCCUGGGGGAAACACAACUGUGCCCACAAUGAGGAUGUCGGGGUCACCUGCACUGGGACACCCGGCCUGGAUACCAUCUCAGACCCCUUGAAUUGGAGCUGGCUCCCUGGGCUGGGUAGAGAUCAGGAUGUCUGGCUCCCAGGCGAGCUGGCCACCAAGCCCUCUGCCAGUCUCACCUCCAGUGUGCCAGAGAAAACCACAAAGGCUCCAGGGAAGGCUCCCAAGAGUACUAAGAAGUGGGUGACCAAAAAUGCAAAGAGACCAACCACUCAACCCCCUGGGAUGCCAGCCACUAAACGCUCCAGGGUCCCAGGCACCCCAGCCCCCCUAAAUCUAACCCCACGUCCUUCUGAGUUACCAAAGAGACUGACCGCUGAGGCUCCCCACAGACAGACCUCACAGACUGCUGUGGCAUUGUUGUCCACUCAAGGCCCCCAAGAAGUGACCCCCGAGGCCACUGUCACGCAGAUCCCUCAGGCCUCCUUGGAGCCAUCGGGUGAGAGCCCAGAAGGUUCUCUGGAACCGUCCCAAGACCCAGCCCCCACCCCAACUGCUGGAGUCUCUGUGCCAUCAGGUCCCUUCCGGGUCCGUCUGGCCGAUGGGCCCAACAGGUGUGCUGGCCGUCUCGAGGUGUGGCAUGCCGGGAUCUGGGGGACAGUCUGCGAUGACAGCUGGGACCUUCGGGAUGCCAUGGUGGCCUGCUGGGAACUGGGUUGCGGAAAGGUCCGGCCCCGAGUAGGCAAAACCCACUAUGGCCCUGGGACUGGGCCCAUCUGGUUGGAUGACAUGGGCUGUAGGGGAAGUGAGACCUCACUGAGUGACUGCCCCUCAGGGACAUGGGGGAAGCACAAUUGUGACCAUGAAGAAGAUGUGGUGCUCACCUGCACUGGCUAUCCAGGUGACGACGAUUAUCCCUCCUGGACCUGGGACCCCACUUCAGGAGAGGACCUGACCAAAGGGGCCACUACGGUUGCACGGUCUGGACAUACCGUUUCCUGGGUUACCACCAGGAACCCAGAAGUUCUCUCUCCAGCAACGCAGAGCCUUCCGGACACAGAUGACCAGGGUAGUUAUGAGCUCUCCUGGACAUGGGAUACACCUUCAGGAAGGGGUCUGUCCAGGGGGACCCCCACCACAACCAAACCUGGACCCACAGCUACCACUAGCACCGGCAGGAGUCCAGGCUACCCUUUUCCAGCUCCAAGGGCCCAUGCAGACACAGGCUCCCCAAGGAAGCCUAAACCUGAGCGCCGGCUGCGGCUGCUGCGGCCCACCUCAGCCAGGACAGCACCCACCACCUCAUCGCCAGCUUCCUCCACCUCAGCGGGGGCUUCUGGCUCACAGCUGACCUCUGGCUCCUGGCCACAGUUCACCCCUGACUCGGCUUCAAAACACGAGGGGAUCCCUGGUGCCCCCAAAACAUCUCCACCCACGCCAGGACUUUCUUCCCUGACAACCUCUGACUUUGCCUUGACCACUCCUGGUGCCAGUUUGCUUCCAACCAGUACCCCAGAGCAUUCACGCAGCCCAACACCCACCUCCCCUAAAGGGCUAACCUCUGACUCCUCUGUGUUAUCAGAAGUGACCACCAACCUUUUCCCUACCUCAGAGCUGGCCCCAGGAUCCGAAACCACCCCAGGCUUGGGCACAGCACCCAAAAUAGUUCCAGAGAGUUCUGUCUCCUCAGACCUCCCCAUGAGCCCCAGGACCCCGACUCAGCCAUUUACAGCCUCUAACCCCACCAGUACCCCUCACCUCAUGACAACUUUUCAUCCGACCGUGACCCCUCGGCCUACCACAAACCCUCAGCAUCCCAAGACCCCUCACCCCACCACAACUCCUCAACCUCCCACCAACACUCACCUUUCUUCAACCCCUGCCACCCCCCCAGAGUCCCCCGAGACAGAAUUUCCCUCUCCCACUCCACAACCAAGGGUCAAGCCGAGUCUACACCCGGAGCUGACAUUUGCGGGAGCCCCUCCCACAAUCACAUCCCAGGUGCAGGACCUGCAGCCCUCCCCAGCCUCAGAGUCUGACCCCUCCGGGCCCCCUCCAGUCUCAAGCAUGGACCCACUAUCCACAGAGGUCUUCAAAUCACCUAGAAGUCAGACCUUAUACUCAGCUUCAGGCCCUACAGUUACCCCUGACCUUCACCUCUCCUCUGUGGCCCAGCCAUUAGACCAACACCCCCAUGACCACGUCACUCAAGGGCCAACCCCUAAUCACAACCCGGGUCCCCUUGGGCCAUGUAUGUCCCCAGUACCACCUGUAAGGGUCAUGCCUUGUGAGCCACCUGCCUUGGUGGAGCUGGUGACUGCUGUGAGGGAGGUGGGUGACCAGCUGCAGAGGCUGACUCGGGUCCUGGAGCAGGAUCGGCAGGAACGCCAUGUCCUGGGGCUGGGCCUGGUCCAGUUGGUAGAGGCUGCCCAGGGCUUGGGGCAGCUGAGUGAGACUGUCAAGAGGCUGGCAGAAGUGGCCUGGCCCCCCACCACACCAGUGCCCACUCCCACCACCACAGAGGAGGAGGAAAGACCUCUGAGGGGAGAUGUGUGACCCCAUUCUGAAAGUUGAGGUGCUUAAGAUACCCUCAAACAAACAAAACCAAAGUAUACUCAAAGUGUGGUGUGUUUACUGCGGAAGCAGGAGACCCUGGAGGGACAGAAUCACCAAGUUGAUCCUAAGUUGUCUUAUACUGGAAGUUUUGGUUUCUUUAAGACCUCAGUUAUACUAUGUAAACAUGCUUUUGUUUUAAUCCUAAGUGUGACAUUUUAGUUUGUCUAACAGCUGAUAGUUGCCUCCUGUGGGGAUAUGGAGAGAGAGAGAGAGAGAGAGAGA